AUGAAGGGAAUCAGGGUUCAAAGGUCUGAUGUGGUUGGGUUAAUCAUGCGUCGAAAUGAGCUCGCAAAUGACAUCCUUAAGGCAUCAAGAACUCAACAAUUGCCUCCGAUGCUUCGGGUGCAUGGUGGAAGCAAAGAGAGCAGUGGACUGGGUGAUCUGUUUGAUUCACAUGUUCACCAUCUGACAACUGCUCAUUACAUUUUCCUUCGACGUUGGGACCAGUUGAUUGACUUAGAGGCUAAAGAGACACAGCUUGUAAAAAACAGAAUAUGGCGUUCACAUAGUUUGAAGAGUGAUCACUCCACUAGUUGCGUUUCUUCUAUUGUUCUUGAUACUUCAGACGGACUUCCAUAUCAGAAAUCUCUCAAAGACAACCGAUUCAUUUACCGUUUUGUCCAUAAAAAAUUACCUUGUCAUGAUGUGCAUGCGUCUGGUGGAGAAUCUUUGAGUUUUUCUUCUUCAGCAGAAGAUUUGGAUUAUACACUUAAAAGUGGAGACUAUGUGAUUCUUAGCACCAAAUUUGGCCAUCAAACUGUUGCAAGUGGAUUCAUAACAGAUAUCAGUCGGUCCCAUGUUUCUGUUUCCUUUUCUAAGUGCUUAAGACUUCCUGGCAGCAAUUCUUCGUCAGAAGUAAAUGAUCUCUUUAGGGAGGUUUGGCAGAUUGACAAGGACGAAUUUAUGACUUCUUUUUCAAUUAUGCGGUUCAACCUUGCACAACUGUUUCUGCAAAGUGAACAAAGUUCUCACCUUAGGAAGAUGAUUGUUGAUCUUGAGGCUCCUCGAUUUGACAGUGGAUGUAUAUUUAGCCAAGAUCCAGCCAUAACUUACAUAUGGUCGGUGAAGAGUUUAAAUGGUGAUCAGCGUCGGGCAAUUCUGAAGAUUCUUACAGCUAAGGAUUAUGCUCUAAUACUAGGGAUGCCUGGAACUGGGAAGACAUCUACCUUGGUACAUGCUGUCAAGGCUAUGUUGAUGAGAGGCGCAUCCAUUUUGCUCACAUCCUACACAAACUCUGCAGUUGAUAAUUUACUAAUCAAAUUAAAAGCUCAGGUGCAGGGUAUUGAUUUUCUACGAAUUGGAAGAGAUGGAGUUGUCCAUGAGGAUGUCCAGGCCAAUUGCUUUUCGGCAAUGGAUAUACAUAGUGUAGAAGACAUUAGAAUAAGAUUAGAGCAAGUCAAGGUUGUUGCAGUAACCUGCUUGGGAAUUUUUAGUCCCUUGCUUGCCAACAAGACAUUUGAUGUAUGCAUUAUGGAUGAAGCUGGACAAAUUACCCUCCCAAUAGCUCUGGGACCCCUGAUGUUUGCUUCAAAGUUUGUUCUUGUUGGUGAUCACUAUCAAUUGCCUCCGCUUGUCCAGAGUACAGAGGCUCGUGAGAAUGGAAUGGGGAUAAGUUUGUUUUGUUGGCUUUCUGAGGCACAUCCUCAAGCAAUUUCAGCUUUGCAAAGCCAGUACCGCAUGUGUCAAGAUAUCAUGGAACUUUCAAAUGCAUUGAUAUAUGGUGACAGACUGCGUUGUGGUUCUUCUGAAAUAGCAAAUGCCAGGCUUAAAUUUUCAAGUUUACAGUCUUGUUCGUCGUGGUUAAAGGAGAGCAGGCAUUUAGCAUCUGAGGACAUUACAGUUCUGAUAUCUAAGUCAUUUGUGUUUCUAAAUAACCGCUUAUGGAUUGCUUAUGCAUACAUUGUUUUGAAUCCUGGCAGACCCGUCAUAUUUAUUAACACAGAUAUGUUACCAGCUUUUGAGGCGAAGGACUCCAAAACUGUGAAUAACCCAACUGAAGCUUACAUAAUUGCCGAGGUCACAAAGGAAUUAAUUAGUAAUGGGAUUGUAGGUGAAGAUAUUGGCAUUAUCACCCCUUAUAAUUCCCAGGCAAAUCUCAUCCGAUCUGCUGUUAACAUAACCUCUGUGGAGAUUCAUACCAUUGACAAAUACCAGGGAAGAGAUAAGGAAUGCAUACUGGUAUCCUUUGUCAGGUCCAGUGAAAAUCCAAGAAAUUGUACUUCUUCAUUGCUUGGAGACUGGCAUAGGAUUAAUGUGGCGCUCACACGAGCCAAGAAAAAAUUGAUCUUAGUGGGGUCGUGCAAAACCCUUUCAAAGGUCCCGCUGCUGAAGCUUCUUGUUGAGAAGGUUGAAGAGCAAUCAGGCAUUUUAAAUGUGUCAAAGAAAGAUAUCAAGUACAAAGAGCACAAAGGAGAGCUGAAAAGAUGUUCCCAUAUCAGAUGA